AUGGAUGAGGAUGAAGAAGUGCCCUGUCCUAAGUGCUCCUUGACCCUGAACACUCCCUAUGUUCUCUGUAAAGAGUGUCCAGGAAUGGUCAAGAUUUGUCUUCAGUGCUUCUCCAAAGGGGCAGAGUUUGGUGGACAUGAAAGUGACCAUCCAUACACCAUUAUCAGAGACGACCUCCCUAUAUUUGAGAACUCUUGGUCAGCAGCAGAAGAGAUGACCUUGCUGAAGGUCAUGGCCGACUGUGGCUAUGGUAACUGGCAGGAUGUGGCCAAUAGGUUGAGAGUGCGAGGAAAGAAUGAAGUGGAGAAACAUUACAAUAAGUUCUUUAUUAACCAGCCUCACCCUGAGCUUCCACAGUUCCCCGAGGCAGACCUGGAGAGGGUUCCCUGCCCAGUGGUGUACAAGCUGUGUGAUGACCCCCCUCGGUAUCCAGACUCCUCACAGGUCUUCCAGUUGAUGGGAGGAUAUAUGGCUGGUAGAGGGGAUUUUAAUGUGGAACAUGAUAACUACCUGGAGCUGGAACUUCGAAAUAUUGACUUCAGUGCCCCUCCAGCUGAGGAGAGAGAUGAACUGGAGGAGAGAUUGAAGUUUGAGGUUUUAGAUGUGUAUCAGAACUGUAUAGCAGAGAGAUGGUGGAGAAGAAAAGUCAUUCGUAAAUAUGGGUUAAUAAAUAUCAGGAAACACAGGCUUUAUCAUGGAAUGUAUCCUUGCAAAUUCAAGGGACUGUUGGACAUGCUUCAUCCUUUCAUGAGACUGUGUAACCCUGAAGACUUUGAUAAAUACACCCAAGCUCUUAGUCUGCAGUUUGAACUAAAGAAAAAUAUCCACAAACUGAUGGAAUGCAGAGAAAAUGGCAUCACGAAACAAAGGAGCGUAAAGAUUUUCCGAGUUUUAAAAAGUCGUAGAGGCGAAAUGAAAUCCCAUCGACAUCUGUUAGAUGACAUUCUUGUUCACGUAAAGGAUGAAUCAGCUUGCCAGUCCUGGCUUCAGAAACAAGCCGUGCUGGAGACGAUGACCAAAGGGGCAGCCAAUUUACCCCUCCCGUCGGUCCCCAGGCGGAUAGCCCCGCCCAUGGACAUAGUAGGUCUGCCAGGGUAUGAGCGCCUGUCAAAAAAGGAGCGUGAAUUGUGUGCUGGUGUGAGAUUGGUUCCUGAAGCAUACCUGGAAUUUAAAGAAAUUCUUGUGGGAGAAUGCAAACGAAACGGUUUCCUAAGAUUGCAACAAGCUAGGACGUUGAUUAAAAUUGAUGUGAACAAAACCAGAAAAUUAUAUGAUUUUCUUGUGUCAGAAGGUAAUCUUACCAAAGAGCCAGGAUGA